AUGAGACUUGAAGAAGAUGGAAGUUGGAAAGUUGAAGAUGACAAUGAAUCUUCAAGUUAUAAAGUUGAACAUUACCUCGAAUUGAAGAUGAAGAAGUACUUCAAGGACCACUUCAAGAGAUGGUUUGAAGAUGGUUCUAAGAAGAAGAUCAAGACCAAGAUGGUUCUAAGAAGGAGAUCAAGAUUUGAAGAUGAAGACAUGGAUUUGAAAAAAGAACGAAGAAGACUUGAAGAAGAAGACUUGGAGAUAAGAGAAAUGCUUCUAGUUGAAAUGAGCAGUGGUGCCCACUUGGUCGUGUCGAUCGAAAGUUCCUUAGACUUGUCCAAAACGUCGUAUUGCAGAUUUGACGAAAAGGGACUUGUGAAUGAAGAAGACGAUGACUUGAAGGGACUUGGGGAUGGUGACUUUGAGGUAAAGGCAGGAUGA